AUCACUUCUGAGUACGGAGCUGUACCUUUAUUCAUUUUUCUGGACUUUUGGACUCCAUUGGCUGUCGCUAUCAAAAGAGCACACAAUGUUGUCAACUUAUUUAUUUUUCAUUGAGUUGGUUUUGACCUCCGUUGUGGCAAAUUACACGAUGGGACCCAUCCAGGAUUUCAACAGUCCAGAAGCCGGCGAUGCUACAACUUUCCCCACUGAAACCCCUUCAACCCCCAACAUCAGCCCCACAAACAUCUCGCCAAUCCUAAGUACCACUGAAAGCAGCUAUCAAUCCAAUGAAAGCACAAGCAUCGCACUUACGCCAGCAAACGGCAUCGGGAUCAGUAAUGGCAGUUCUGAAGGUGUCAAUGUCUCUACAACUACUGUGUCCACACCCUCAACAACAGCCGCCCCCCUCACAGCAAAAACCACCACUACGUCUAGGACAAUGGAGAAUACGAUACCUACCCCAAAGAGUUCAACUGGGGGAAGCAAUAUUGGGAUCAUCAUUCUGGUAUUAAUCCUGCUUAUAAUCCUUGGAUUUGGAAUCGCUUGCUGUGUUGCAAAGAAAAGAGGAAGACGUUACUCUGUGGAUUUUGCCCCCAGACCCGAUGAAAACGUCCCUCUGAGCAUUGUAGAUCCUGAACUCGUUGUUGAGUCUUCACCUCAGAACGGUCUCAAAUCCUUUCAGAGCACAGAAACAGAGUCACAAGGGCCAGAAGUUACACCCGAAACACAGGAAGAGAAGAAAGAAGAGGCGGCCGUAUCUGCUGCUGCACCCAGCGCUGAGGCUGCAGCUCCACCUGAGGCUCCGUCCGAGGCUCCAGCAGCAGCUCCGGCAGAAGCUGCCGCUGGAGCUCCUCCACCUCCGGACAGCUCAGAAGAGAAACCGAAGUCGGACGAUGCCAAGCAGAGUUCCUCUGCACCCGUGGAGCCUGUUGUGGAAGAAAAAACUGAUGAUGAAGGGGCGGCCUCCACCAAGACUUCGGUGGAGUCUCUGAAGGAGACAAACGAGAACAACAACAACAACAACAACUUUGGCUUCAGUCAGAAUGGAGAACGGCAGAGGAGCAGCACUCUGUGGGACGUCCGUGUCAACUGUCCGGUGUGAGACACGUAUCCCUGCUGUCCCUCAGAGACGAGGUUGCAGAAGAAGCCAGAGUGACUGCAGAGGAUAUGGACACUUCAGCCAAGACUCUGCAGAAAAUCCAGGUCACUGAUGACUCUGGGUUUGAUAGAUAGUGUAUUUUUUAAGUUAGAUUUCAUUAUUAUGUUUAGCUUCUGAAAGCCUGAUUCACAAGAGCUAAUCUGUGUCCGUUUGUAGCGGCUAUUGUUGCACUAUAUUUAUCUCUGGUUUUGAUUUAGAAGGAACACACUGUAUCUGGUGAUCCUUUGAUAAAUAAUGUUUCCCCCUAAAUGCAUUAAGGAAAAAAAGCACAGAAAGAAGCUGUUCAGUCCAGUGGAGCACGUGAAGUUUUCCAUUAGUUGCAUCAAAUUUACAAUUAAAUCAGGAUAGUUAAUCUCUGCUUCUACCAGAAUAGGGUCUAAACACUUUUAUUACGUCCCUGAAUCCAGUUAAUCUGUCACUAACGGGCCUCUGCAGAACUUCAUGACGUGUUGGGAAGCUAAUUCAACCAUUUAAACUAUUUAAACGUGUGAAGGUUGCAGGCUCCUUGUGUUUCAUAAAUAAAUAAAAAAAAAACUGGACAGUCUUUUAGUGAAUCACACCCCAAAUUCAUACAUAAUUUUUUUUAAAGCCAGUUAUCUCAUGAUUAACUUUAUUUUAAUUUUGACUCAGACAUAUAUUCUGACCUCUGUAGGUGGUUUGUAUAAUUAACAUUUCCAACAAGUUCCCAUUCACAUACAGAUGUGUGUUGUAUGUGUGCCAAAGCCAUUUAGAGCCUUUUUUAAAUAAAAUUAUGAGAAAGUGGGGACUGCUGUUAAAAGUGCGUUUGCAAUAUUUCGAUUCUUUUUUUGAUAAUAGGAUGUAUAUGUCAAUUUCAGUUUAAUAUGACUAAUAAAUGCCUCU